CAUGUUGCCGGUGGGCCUGAAAUACUCGCUGAUACUGGCCAUUAGCGGCUGUUUCCUGAUCCCAGUCCAUAGAGCUGGGGCCGAAACUGACCAGGAGCUGCCGCAUCGCAUCUACCGACUGCUCGACGGACUCUCCGGCGGUCACAGGCUGAGUUCAAGCUCCACGUUCGCCCUGCUGCUCGCCCAGUUCCUGAUUAAACAGAAACUGCGCUAUGUGGCACCCACGCGAUACGAGCGGCAGCUCUACUACCAUCUGCUGCACAGGAUGGAGCACAUCAGGGAGCGAUCGGGAUGGGUGCGGGAGCCGGGCGUCCAGGGGGAGAUCCUUAGCACGGUUUUCCAAAGGAAUGUGCUGCUGUUGCCUCCAACGCUCAGACUGGGGGAACUGGAUGCCAAUGCGGAGUACGAGCAGCUGGCCGAAAUCUAUUCCAAAGUCGUCAACGAGGGACAACCCAACAGGACGCAAUCGGAUCUCUGCCUGCGGAACAUUGUGCAGCUGAAGCCCCCGAACUGCAACCUGCUCUCCGGGGAGUGUUUGGAACUACUGGCCAGUGACGCACCAGCCUACGGAUACCAGCGGACCCACCAGGUCCUGCUGCUCUAUGUGCUGCAGCACCAGGUGUGUGCCCCCCACCUGAGCCCCCCGCAGGUGUACGAACUGCUGGCCAGGAGUCAGUGCGACGAGGUGGAGCGCGAGCAGAACGCCAUCCGGAGCCUGGGGCUGCCCGUCGCAUAUCGCGAUCUGUAUCUGGAGCAAGCCACCAUCUGCGGGUUGUUUGGCUACAAUGAGUUUGUCAACUGGCGCAACGUAAUGGAAAUUGGCAGCUGGCUGGAGGGGGACUCGCCGAAGGAUAUAUUGCCCGAUGACGGCGAUAGUCAGCACAUAAGCGAUCUGGCCUUGGUGUUCUAUAUAAAUGCACUGCUUCUGCUGCACUGAGCCCCUAAUCUAUCGAACCGCCCCCUCCAUCAUUUUCGCUGCUGCUUGAUGAGUUAAUAAAGUGCCGCUUAUUGCUUUUAUGGUUGUGUCGA